GGUACCCGAGCACGGCCGUGUGGCCGCAGCCGUGUCUGCCCGUGCCCCGCCAGCCGCGCUCUGACCCUCGCCUUCCGGGGGCAGGGCCCGGCCGGGCUGGCGAGGCACGGCGGGGAUUCCAUGCAGGACUCACCGGGAAGCCCCGAUGGGGACCGGCGAGCGCUGCCCGGCAGCGCUGAGAGGGCUACGGGCUCUUCCCGGAAGAACCGGGGGUCGCGCUGUUGGGCGGGGGGGUAACCGGAAACCCCCCCCAGGCCGGGGGUUCCCAGCCGCCCCCGAGUGACGCAGCCGGUCCCCGUGGGGGCGGCCCCCUAAGGGCCUGCACCAGCGGCCCCGCUCUCAGUGCCUGGGGCCGCGCCGCCGCGCACGGACCCUAUGGGAGCGUCGGGAGCGCGGCCGCAACUGGCGCUGCUGCCGGCAGCGGUGCUGGCGCUGGCGCUGAGCCCGCAGCCCGCGGCCCCGGUGCCGUGCGGCACUGACUGCCCCGCGGGUACGUUCGUGGCGAGCGCGGACUGCCGGCGGGCAGGGAGGUGCCUGCCGUGCCCGCCCGACACCUUCUCCAGCGAGGCGGGACUCGACGUUUGCACCCUGUGUCGGAAGUGUGAAGGAAUAUUCAGGUAUUUAAAAGAAUGUACCUCAAAAAGUGAUGCUGUAUGCACGUGCAAGGAGGGGUACCGCUGCAGUGGCGACGGCUGCUCCCGCUGUGCCCGGAGCUGCAGCGUGGGCCAGGAGAACACCAGGAGUGGUUGCCAGGCUUGCCGUUAUGGAACUUUUAAUGAUCAGCCUGAUGGCUCCUGUAAAAACUGGACCAAGUGCUCUGCAAACCAGGUCCUGGAGCCUGGAACUGCAGCAAAAGAUGUCAUUUGCAAACAUGCUUCAGAUAAUCCCACUUUAGUCACUACUCUAUCUACCACGGCUCCUGCAAUUCCAUUUUCUAUCCCUGUGCCAGGCAAGGACCUCCAGAUGGACAUUGUCAGAGUCUCUCUUGCUGUAGCUGGGCUGUUGUGUAUAGUGUUUCUGCUGCCUUCAUGCAUCUGCUUCAGUAUCUGGCAGAAAAAGAAACUACAUGCUGUCUUCAAGGAAAUGCAUACAACAUCUGAACGGUCAAUUCAGGAAGAUGACACCUGCAGCUGCCGCUUCCCUGAGGAAGAACAAGGUGAAUAUAAGGAUUGUGGCAAAUCCACAGAAUUCAGAGAUCUUUUGGUGAACUAGGAACUGGACUGUCCAGGUCAUCCACAUUGGAAUUUCCUUUUGGAACAGGAACCUGUUUAUAUAAAUAGAGGGUAUCAGAACUUGUGAAUUUCCAAGGGUUAAACUGCAGCCACUGAGGGAAAAGUGGAUCUUUUCCAUCUCUCAAAAAAGAAAUAAAAAAUACUUUUUUUUU